UUGAUGUGAUUUGUUGUAGCUUCUUUGUGAACAAAGACUAAAAAUCGCAUUUUUAUUUGUCUGUGGUGUUAGCUUCCAAAGCAAAGAUCAAAGCAAUGUUUGGUCCUUCAUCGAAAUCGUUCAAUACCCAUUUGAUAUUCCCCAGAACGUUCGAUGAUCAUCCAGAUUCCGGCGUCUAUUCGCCUCCUCUGUGGAAGAACAGUCCACCGAAGAGUCCUCCUUCUCACGUUCAAACCAAUUACCACACUCUCUCCCCCGUUUCAAAGGCUCAAGCCAUCGCUCGUGGCCAGCGAGAGCUUAUGGAGAUGGUCAGCAAGAUGCCCGAGUCGUGCUACGAGCUCUCCUUGAAGGAUCUCGUCGAGGUUAACACAGAGGAAGAGAAAGAUCGGAAAGUGUUCGACGAAAUGCCUCAGAGAAAGGCCAAGAAGCCGAGUAGUAAAGCUAUGAGGAAGGUGAAGAGUGAUAAAUGGGUCGAUCCGGUUCGAAACGGAGAUGUGAACAGUAGUGGGUUUCUUCUGAAAUUAGGGUUUCCUGUUAGCUUGGGUGCUAAGAAAAGGACGAAGAAGAAGAAGGAUGAGGAUGAUGCUUCUGUGACGAGUAGAGGCUCUUGGGUUUCGGAGGAUAAAGAUUGGUGGAAGUCAGAAUCGAGUAGGAGUCAGAGAGGUGUGUCGAGGAUCAACAGUAGGAGCUCAAAGAGUAGUGGUGGUAGUAGCAGCAGGAGCAACAGCGAUCGAAGCCGAAGCAGUUUAAGGGAUGAAAAGAGUGGAUGCUUAUCUUUCCUCCGGAGUGUACAUGCACGAGACUAAAACGAAAAGUUCUUCAUUUGGUUGUACAAGAUUACUGAUUCAUCCAACUGGAGUCCAGGAAUGGUGAAGAUGGAAGUAUAGGACAUGUGCAUCUUCAAUGUACAGCCCAAGAUUCUAUCCCUUUCUUCCGCUUCUUGUAGUUCUCUUUUCUUUGUAAGCCUUAUGUCAUGUAUCUAUAGAACCUAUGCUGAUGAUAUUUUAUAUAUGUAGAUAGAUACUCCAGCGUUUGCUAACAUAAACCUAUAAAAGUUUACAUACCAAUGCUCAUCAAUAAAUAUCAAAUUUAUUUUUAUGUU